AAUAGGGAUAGUCCCGAAGCGGCGCGGUGUUUACCAACACGUCGGGCUGCGCAGGGCAGCGCGGGGCGUCCGCGGGCCGCGGCGGGGGAGGGAGGGGAGCCGGAGCCGAUUGGCUCGCAGCGCCCCGGGCUCCUAUAUGCUGCGAGGGAAUGAGGCGGCGCGGGGUGCGCGCUGCGCUGCGCGGCCGGGGCGCCGGCUCGGCUCGGCUCGGCUCAGCGCCGCCGCGCAGGGGCUGGUCCCGCGGCCCUCGGGAGGAAGAAGAGGAGGAGGAAGGAGCUCGCUGUCCAGUUUUGUGGAUGAGGUGUUCAUUGCCGUGAAGGAAAGGAGCGGGUGAGAUCUCUGGCUGGAAGUGUUCGCGCCAAGAUGCCACAGAGGAAGAAAACUCUUCUGCGUGUCUCAUUUGGCAAAACCGCCUGUGUGCUUUUGCUCCGGGAAGGGCGUUUCUGAGGAGGAUGACUUGUGAAAUCUGUCAACACAGCUGACUUUACAAGGGUACCGAAUGAAGGACGAUAUGCCUUACAAUGGACGCUUAUCGUGAAGGGGUGGCUUUGUCCUCUGAAACACGAACGCUGUAAACACUGAUCCUGAGCAGGAAUUAGGAUUAUAGGAACUGCAUCAGAAUGUUUGUUAGUCCCAGGAGAGUCAGAAAAUGCCAAUUUUUGCAGAUAUUUGCUACUUGUUUCAUACUGUGUCUCAUGAUUUUUUGGGGACCAUUUGAUAAUCACAUUGUGAGCCAUAUGAAGUCCUAUUCGUACAGAUACCUCAUAAAUAGCUACAACUUCGUGAACAACAGCCUGUCUGUCAACAGGGAUAACUUGGACAGAGUAGCAAGCUACCAGUACUUGAUCAACCACAAAGAGAAGUGUCAGCAGCAGGACGUCCUUCUCCUGCUGUUUGUGAAGACUUCCCCUGAAAACCGCCAUCGGAGGGAUGCAAUUCGACAGACUUGGGGUAAUGAGAAGUACGUUCGUUCUCAACUUAAUGCCAACAUUAAAACUGUUUUUGCUUUGGGACGACCAACGGAUCAUCCGCAGCAAGCACAGUUGCAAAGAAAACUUCAGCUGGAAGACCAGAAAUACAAUGACUUGAUUCAGCAGGACUUCUUGGAUACUUUUCACAAUCUUACUCUUAAAUUACUUUUACAGUUUAGCUGGGUGAAUGCCUACUGUCCUCAUGCUAAGUUCAUCAUGUCUGCAGAUGAUGACAUAUUUAUCCAUAUGCCAAAUCUUGUUGCUUAUCUCCAAAGUCUAGCACAGAUGGGCGUCCAAGAUCUCUGGAUUGGCCGUGUCCAUCGUGGAUCCCCUCCCAUAAGAGACAAGACUAGCAAAUACUAUGUGCCAUAUGAAAUGUAUCAGUGGCCCUCUUAUCCUGACUACACAGCUGGAGCUGCAUAUGUAAUAUCAAAUGAUGUAGCAGCUAAAGUAUAUGAGGCUUCACAGACUCUUAAUACAAGUCUUUAUAUAGACGAUGUUUUCAUGGGUCUCUGUGCCAAUAAAAUGGGAAUUGUACCACAAUACCAUGUAUUUUUUUCUGGGGAAGGAAAGGCUCCAUAUCAUCCCUGCAUUUAUAACAAAAUGAUGACAUCUCACGGACAUGUAGAUGAUCUUCACCAGCUCUGGAAGCAGGCUACAGAUCCCAAAGUUAAAAGAUUUUCCUCUGGGUUUUUUGGUAGACUAUAUUGCAAAAUAGUUAACAUUGUGCUUCUCUGUAAAUUAUACUACGAGGACACAUAUCCUUGUUCAGCUGCAUUUUCUUAAUACUUGAAUAUCUGCAUUGAAGAUCCACUGAGCCAAAACAGAGCAACAACUCUUCAGAUGUUUAUUCAAAAUACAUGUAAACGUGGAAAGAGGUAAAACUAAAAUGUGAAUAGCUUUUUUUUGGGGGGGGGGAGGAGGGCUAGGGAGGGUGGUCUCAAGUUCUGUUCAGAAACUCUUACUGGAAUAGCUCUGUUGUACUGCAGCUUUAUACUGUGGCCUGUUCUUACAGUCUUCAAGGGAUACAGGUCUGGAUUAGAUGAUCAUUAAAUGAACUAUAAAUGCAUUUGACUUCUAGACUUUGAAAUUAGUGAAAAUGCCAUUACUUUGAAUUUGUCUUUUUUAAAGUGUGAACUGAGGUACAUUUAAAAAAAAUCUGGUGUAUCAAAAUGUAGAGCUUUCAAAACAAGUAGUAGUAUAACCUCUGACACAAGGAAUGGGACUAUUACAUCAGUUUAAGCCAGUGUAGAUGGGUUAAAAAUACUCACCAUUUCUAAAUGCUACAUAGAAAAUAACUCUGGAUCUGUGUAAUCUACAAACAGCGCUAGAAGCGAAGACCUGCAAAGAUCUUGCUCCUCAGAGUUUGCUAGGCCUUUGUGAUGGGGAAGGUGUUUCAGUGCCCUCUGACUUGGUUUUUCUAAGGAAUGUAUGAACUCUAUUUAGAUCAGGAGUGAACUUGAAAGGAUCAAAAUCCAGGAUUACCGAUGUAAGUGAUUUUGCUAAUCUUUCUCUGCUUUCUGAAAACUGAAGCAGUAUAUUUAAACACUCCAAUCUUUGAUUAGCAAAUAAGCUAAAUUCAGUAAGAGUACUUUUUCUUUAACAGUGCUGCUGCUUUCCCACAUUCAUGGUUGUAAAGGUGAAAGCCAAGCAAGAGUCUGUAACUGACUUUCCCAAAGUCAGUUACUUUAUAGCUAUUUGGAAGCUGUAAAUGAACUUAAAGAGCAAAACUUUGUGCCUGAAUAAAGAGAUGAUAUUUUAUGCACAAAGUUUGACUUCACAAUGAAGGGAUAGGGAGAUGGUGAUCCACAGAAACUCAAUACACAAAUCAAAACCACUAACAUUUUUCCUGAAGUUUUAAGCACAAGAUUGUCUUUACAAUCUCAAAGUAGUUUGUAUCCAGAAACCCUCCCCCCCCUUCUUGAAUAGAUUUCAGUGUUAAUCUUGCCUCUAAGAUGAACAAAACGCUCCUGCAUUGUAAAUCAGGGUAAAACUAGGCGAUACUCAAACUAGCCAUUACUAGGUCUACUGUGGUGCCAUGUUAAGUCUUGUAAAAACAAGGUUCUGGGAGGACUGCAGUCUUUCCUUGUAUAUCUCUCUACUGGUGUCUUCACAGGCUCUCAGGACAGGUAUUUCAGUUGCUAAUUGCCAAACCUGUGGUAGCUCUUCUUGGAGUGGAUACACAGACCACACAAGGUACAGUCAGAUAUUGCUUGUGAACAGAUUUGACACAGGAAUGAGUUCCAGGUUGGAUUGUGUCAAAAAACUACUGAAAGCUUCAAUGAGUCCAGUUUAGCAGCACAGCAGUGACAAGCAAGCCAAAAGCUUGGAAACUAACAACUAUUUGUCAGGUUUUGGAUCAGUUGGGGCAGUGCACAAAACUACAGGAGCAAUGCUGCUUGCUUUCAAAGAUGUCUAACAUUAGUUUUUUUUCUCUUCUGCCCAAAGUUUCUUGCAGUUCCUGCUGUGUGAGAGCAGUGAAGUGCCUAAUCUUUGUCCUCUAGCUUUACUUUAGAAACAGCUAAAAAUAACAUGCUGGUUUUAAGCUGUAAGUAGUAAACUUUGUUUAAAUACUGCUCUUGAAGUUGUGCUAGGGUUGUAAUGGUAUGAAUGGCUAAUGUUAGCUUAAACAAAAUCCAGGAGUGAACUUGCUGCCUAUUCUCCAAGCUGUGAUUUCAGAUGGAUGCAGGUAGCUACUAGAAUUAAGUGAAAUAAUUAAAUGGUCUUCUAUAAGUGUUUUUUGAGAAGGAAAAGAGUAAGCAUCUGACAUCCCAAAGCCCAAAUGUUGGGUAUAUGGAGAGCCCACAAACUGUUUACCAUUAGUGUCAAAAUGAUUGAAGAAUGCAAGUUAUUCCAAAGAAUAUUUAAAAUAUUCACAGAAAAACAAAGCCAACUAAUGUUCUUACCUAAGUAGAUUGAUUACAGUACUGACAUGUUUAUAAACAACUAGAGCUCUAAUCUACCAGCUAUGUAGAAAAAUAAAUACAUAUACAGAGAAGAUGGUAUUCAGCAUUGAAGGAAAGUCUCCCUAUCAGGUCUCUGACCUGUUGUGACCCAAGUUAAAUCAAUAAGCUAUAUAGCAAGACUGCACUACAUAAAAAUAUACCCUGUUCUCUGUAGGGAAAGAAAGUCUUAGUAGUACAUUUUAGAUAUAUACUGUAUACGAAGACUACAAUCCUUCCAGCAUAAGUAUGCAUUGGGAUUUUUGGUUUUGACUCAUACAAGCAAAGCUAAAGUGCUUGAAUUUCUGUAGGAUAAUUACCUAGCUAACAUCGAAAACACUGCUUAAAUGUAGCUUGCUGUUACAUGAAAGUCACUUUUGACCAUUGAAAUAUUUUGUUUUACAGCUAGUUUGAGGUUUUUUGUUCAUUUGGAUUGUUUCUCCAUCUUAAAAGGGCCUUGAUGUUCAUAGUGUGCAUUUGAUUUUGCUGCAGUGAAAAAGGAAAGGGCUAGUGAAUUCAAAGAAAAGCAUGAAGGCACUCCUUUCAAAGAAUGGAGAAGCUAGAGAACUUCUUACUUCUUGGUUAUAAACACUGAUGUAAGAUUUGUACACCUUUUUCUGGAACCUGUUUUUUUAACAAGAGUUACAGUUGGUGCUCCAAUGCAGGGCUGUCAGGUUUUACUUCUACAAAUAAAACUAUCAGCCUGAAUGGUCACUCCUCAUUAACAGUUUUGAUGUUGUUGCACAGCAUGUUUAAUUCUAAAAUUGUUUUUACCUGUUUGGUUUGCAUCAAUUUCCCUUUGAUAUUAUUAAUUUUUAUACAAAAGUAUUCAAUAUUUAUUCUUAAACUUUGCUCUGUACCACAAAAGACAAUUGUUUUGUAAAACUUGUUUUGAAUAAAUGGACUUUUUUUAUUUACCA